AUGCCCCGGCGGAGCCCGCUCGCCCUCGGCCUGCUCGGCCUCGCCGCCUGCCUGUUGACCGCACCGGCGCUGGGCUGCGGGCCGGGCCGGGGUCCCGUGGGCCGGCGGCGGCUCGGGCGGCGGCAGCUCUCGCCGCUGCUCUACAAGCAGUUCGUGCCCAACGUGCCCGAGCAGACGCUGGGGGCGAGCGGGAAGGCGGAGGGCAAAGUGCUGCGGGGCUCAGAGCGCUUCAGGGACCUGGUGCCCAACUACAACCCCGACAUCAUCUUCAAGGACGAGGAGAACACGGGCGCGGACCGGCUCAUGACCGAGCGCUGCAAGGAGCGGGUGAACUCUUUGGCCAUUGCGGUGAUGAACAUGUGGCCUGGGGUGAAGCUGCGGGUGACAGAGGGCUGGGACGAGGAUGGGCACCACCUCCCUGACUCUCUGCACUAUGAGGGCCGGGCGCUGGACAUCACCACAUCCGACCGGGACCGGCACAAGUAUGGCAUGCUGGCGCGCCUCGCCGUGGAGGCCGGCUUCGACUGGGUCUACUACGAGUCCAAGGCACACAUCCACGUCUCUGUUAGAGCAGAUAACUCGCUGGCUGUCCGCACCGGGGGCUGCUUCCCAGGCCACGCCACCGUGACGCUGCAGAGCGGCGAGCGCCGGGGCUUGGCCGACCUGCGCCAGGGCGACUGGGUCCUGGGUGCGGAGCCGGGUGGGCGCCUGGUGCCCACCGAGGUUCUGCUCUUCCUUGAUCGCGACCUGGACCAACGAGCCUCCUUCGUGGCCAUCGAGACAGCGAGCCCGGCGCGCCGGCUGCUCCUCACCCCAUCACACCUCGUCUUUGCGGCCCGGGGCACGGCCAAUGCCACCUUCCUGCCCGUCUUUGCCCGCCGUGUGCGCCCCGGGGACGCGGUGCUGGCCCAUGGGGCUGGCGGGCAGGGGCUGCUCCCUGCGCGGGUGCUGCGGGUCUCAAGGGAGGACGGCGUCGGGGUCUUUGCCCCGCUCACAUCCCACGGGACCCUGCUGGUCAAUGGGGUGCUGGCUUCCUGCUACGCCGUCCUGGAGAGCCACCGCUGGGCCCACUGCGCCUUCGCCCCGCUCCGCCUCUUCCAUGGGCUCCUCUCGCUGCUGCCGGUGCGUGCCGAGGCUGGGAACGGGACGGUGCCGGAGGCAGGGAUGCACUGGUACUCCCGCCUGCUCUACCGCCUGGCUGGGGGAGUGCUGAGCCACGAGGCCCUGCAGGUAUAGGAGGUCCCGGCCCCCCCCAGUCACUGCACUGCAGAUCACACUACACACUGGAAAUGGGGGGCUCCAGCCCUGGCCCCCCCUUGAACCCAGGGAGGAGCGAUAGGGGUACCCCCUGCCCUGUGGGGAGGUUGGGGUGCCCUCAGCUCAGCUGGGGACAGGGUCCCUUGGAUGGGGCAUUAUGGGGUGGCCCAAAGACCUGGGCUCAGCCGUCUCCUGUAUCCCAGAGCUCCCGUGCAGCGCUGCCUGGUCCCUGAACACAGGACCCUGUGUGCUCCCCUGCUAUUUAUUGCUUUAUUAACCGCUGUGGCUGGGGCUGCUGCCUGUCGAGCCCAGGCUGGGCAUCACCAGAUCCUGCCCCAGGGCUGGAUCCAGCCCAGGGGAUGCCGAAUCCAGCCCGGGGAGAUACUGAAUCCAGCCCAGGGAAUGCUGAAUCCAGCCUAGGGGAUGCUGGAUCCACCCAGGGGUGCUGGGCCCGGCUCUAACCGUGCUAACCGCUAACCCAUCCCGCUUGAGAGGUCUAUUUUUCUAUUUAUAAAUGGUAAUAUAAAUGCUGCCGCCUGCACGCGGGGCAGGGCCCAGCCGGCUCCUAACCACGA